UGAAGCGUAUCGAGAGAGAAGCCACUCUGCGCCUCCCCGGUGUUGCAAAGUCUUACGGGAUGCGUAGUCUUCUGGUCAAUGUUGCCUUGUGGCGGUAGUCUUCGUGUGGACUCCAGCAUCCAGGAUGCGCCUCGUAGCGUUUUCGAGGCAACAGGAGACUAUUGCUUCCUCUCUCCCGGCCUUUGUGAGCCGGACUGGAGGGUGGAAGGAGUUGUGGUGGCGGCGGCGGCGGCGGUGGCGGCGGGGCAGGAGGAGGGAAUGAGCGAGGAGGAGGCGGAGGAGCCUUGCGGGAGCGCGAGGAGCUGCGGCAGCUUCCCCAGUAUAGAGCAAAUGCUGGCGUCCAAUCCUGGCAAGACCCCGAUCAGCCUGCUACAAGAGUAUGGGACACGCAUAGGCAAAACACCCGUCUAUGACUUACUGAAAGCUGAAGGACAAGCACAUCAGCCCAACUUCACCUUUCGUGUCACAGUUGGUGACAUCAGCUGCACCGGCCAAGGACCUAGCAAAAAAGCUGCCAAACAUAAGGCGGCAGAAGUAGCACUCAGGCUCCUAAAGGGAGGAAACAUGUUAGAGCCGACGCCGCUGGAUGAAGCCAGCUCUCUUUCUCUAGAGCCCUUGGCUCUGACCACUGCUCCCGUGGCUGUGCCUGUACCCAUCCCACCAGCAGCCUCUCCAAGUUCUCCGCUGGACAUAAAACCUACAGUAUCCCCACAGCAAUCUGAGUGCAAUCCAGUUGGGGCCUUACAGGAACUGGUGGUGCAGAAGGGCUGGCGACUUCCGGAAUACACCGUCACUCAGGAAUCUGGGCCAGCGCACCGCAAGGAAUUCACCAUGACUUGUCGUGUUGAAAGGUUUAUUGAAAUAGGGAGUGGCACUUCCAAAAAACUAGCCAAACGCAACGCUGCAGCAAAAAUGCUGGUUCGGAUCCACAGUGUUCCUCUGGACCCACGGGAGGGGAGCGAGGCUGAAAUGGAAGAGGACCAGUUUUCUAUUAUUGCAGGGACCAAACUGGACGGGAUGAAAAGUCGGGGAUCCGGUUGUACCUGGGAUUCCCUGCGCAACUCAGUGGGAGAGAAGAUUCUUCAUCUGAAAAGCCACCGAGUUUUCAAUUCUGGGUUCUGCAACCUCUUGAAGGAACUCUCCGAAGAGCAGAGUUUUGAUAUCAGCUACCUUGAUAUUGAUGAGACGAGCAUAAGUGGCCUCUACCAGUGCUUGGUGGAGCUUUCUACGCAGCCAGCCACAGUAUGCCAUGGUUCAGCCAGUUCCCGCACUGCUGCCCGCGCUGAUGCUGCCCGCAAUGCCCUUCAGUACCUCAAAAUCAUGGCUGGAGGCAAGUGAGAUGCAGGCGCCUGGCAAUGCUGCAGAUCCGUUGAGGAGGCCAUUUUGUUUUCCUCUCAUGAAUUGACGUGACAGGGAAGUGAUUGGAUGGGGCUGCAAGAAAGGAGGAGGGUUGGAAGAAGUUGGCUGAACUGGAAGACUUUGAAAAAGUUGGCCGAAGUUGCAGCAGUGAUGGGGUUUACGGAGCCAUUUCCUGAGGGGCAAGGACAGCCCAUCUGGAGGCUAUCCUGCCUCUUUGGCUCACUCGGGGUCACUCGUUCUCUGGGAUAUAAGCACCGACUGGUUUCUCUCAUGUUUGGGAGUUGCAAUA